AAUAUAACUGUCAAAAUAAUAACCUUUCUUUCGUGUUGUGUGUUGUUGUGUUGUAUUUCGUACUUUUCUUCGUAUUUAGAAAAGAUUGAGUCGUGUUAAUAACCGUUAUCGAUAAUGGAAGGGCCGCCCGGCACUGGGCCUAAUAAUGAUGGAGGUAUGGUCCCUCCGGGCGUCGGUCCGCCGCCUGGCCUGGCUGGCUUCCCCGCGAUGCCGCCGCCGCCUCCCGGUGCCCUGCUCCCGGGCAACAUGCCGCCGCCCUCCAUGGGCCCGCCCGGCAGCAUGGGGCCUCCGGUCAACACCUCGGGCGCUCCGCCAGUGAUGCCUCCGCCGCCGGGAAUGGGGCCGCCACCUAACAUGAUGGGCAUGGGGCCACCCGGGAUGGGUCCGCCUCCGCCAGGCAUGGGCCCUCCGCCCCCCGGCAUGGGCCCACCGCCCCCCGGCAUGGGGCCUCCUGGGUCCUUCCAAGGCCCCCCAGGCAUGGGGCCGCCGAUGGGUCCUCCGAUGAUGCGUGGCAAUAUUAAGGACAUGGGUCCACCUGGCAUGGGGCCUCCUCUGAACAUGGCACCUCCCGGUAUGGGUCGCGGCUGGGAGGGUCAAGGCCCACCACCAGGCUGGGGCCGGCGAGACGGGCCUCCUGGCUGGGAUGAUGACAGGAGAGAUGAGAAUGAGCAAGAGGAUAAUGAGGACACAAGCGUGCCGCCGCCGCCGCAGCCGUCGGCCCUGCCCUCCCUGCUCACCAUGAAGAUUGACACCCCCGAGGAGUUCCGCAACAAACCCCCGCGGCCGGAGGGACUUGUUCUGCCUAAAGCCUUGGAAGAGGCACUGGCAUAUAAGGACCAAAGACAGGCUGCUCUUGGGGAUGACAGCCAACAGGAUGAAGAUGACAACCAGCCAGAGGCCCCUCCCGCUCCUGUCAUCAGUACUGAAUAUGAUGCAGAGGAGGAUGAGGGAGACUCUGAUGAUGACAACAUCCCUGAUGCACCACAACCUCCUGUUAUAUCUAAACAAGAUACACAAGCAAAUAAAGCUACCAAAAAUAAGCGCAAAAAGAAGAAAAAGAAGGCGGCCAAGCAGAAGCGUAAGGAGGAAGCCCUUAAGAAACAAGUGGAUCUGAACACCAGUGACACCAGCAAGAACUCCAGCGACAAGGAGAAUGUGAAGGAGGCUGAAAUUGAAUACGUGCAAGAGAGCAUAGCCUUCCACGAGCUGGAACCUAUGUACCGGCAGUUCCACCGCGUGUUGGAGGCGUUCAAGUUGACGGAGCGAGCGGACGAGCCGGCGGCGGACGCGCCCGGCAAGGAGGCCAAGCCGGCUAGUAAGGCGCCCGAGAAAGUGCAGGAUCAAUUUGCUGUGGAUGAGGAGGCUGUUGAGAAAAACGCCGCCGACGAAAAGGAGCGUAUGUCUAAACGCAAGCUCAAGAAACUCUCCCGCCUCUCCGUAGCCGAACUGAAGCAACUGGUGUCUCGUCCCGACGUGGUGGAGAUGUACGACGUGACGGCGCGCGACCCGCGCCUGCUGGCGCAGCUCAAGGCGCACCGCAACACCGUGCAGGUGCCCAGACACUGGUGCUACAAGCGGAAGUACCUGCAAGGCAAGCGCGGCAUAGAGAAACCCCCCUUCGACCUCCCCGACUUCAUAAAGAAGACGGGCAUCAUGGAGAUGCGCGCGUCGCUGCAGGACAAGGAGGAGACCAAGACACUCAAGGCCAAGAUGCGCGAGCGCGCGCGGCCCAAGCUCGGCAAGAUCGACAUCGACUACCAGAAGCUGCACGACGCCUUCUUCAAAUGGCAGACCAAGCCGCGCAUGACGAUCCACGGCGACCUGUACUACGAGGGCAAGGAGUUCGAGACGCGGCUGCGGGAGAAGAAGCCCGGCGACCUCAGCGAGGAGCUGCGCACCGCGCUCGGCAUGCCCGUGGGGCCCGGCUCGCAGAAGGUGCCCCCACCAUGGCUGAUAGCCCAGCAGCGCUACGGCCCGCCGCCGUCCUACCCCAACCUGAAGAUCCCGGGGCUCAACGCGCCCAUCCCCGAGGGCUGUGCGUUCGGCUACCACGCCGGCGGCUGGGGCAAGCCGCCGGUCGAUGAAUUGGGGAAACCGUUGUAUGGAGACGUGUUUGGACAUACUGCUAGCGGACAUGAUGAUGGUGAAGAUCAAGAGGUAGACAGAACCAUGUGGGGUGAACUAGAGUCGGAAUCCGAAGAGGAAUCAGAAGAGGAGGAGGAGUCGUCGGAGGGCGAGAAGGAGGCGGAGGCGGAGGCGGGCGGCGAGGGGCUGGCGACGCCGCUGGGGCUCGCGUCCGUGCCCGGCCUGGAGACGCCCGACACCAUCGAGCUCAGGAAGAACAAGUUCGACACGGACCUCGAGGGAGGCGACACCCCGUCGCUGUACCAGGUGCUACCGGAGCGGCGCGUGGGGCUGGCGCCGGGGCUCAUGGCGUCCACGCACGUGUACGACAUCAACGCCGCCAACCCAGGCAAGCGCUCAACAGCCGCCGCAGGGGCCGUCAGCGCGGACGGCGGCGGCGUGGAGGUGGCUCUAGACCCGUCGGAGCUGGAGCUGGAGCCCGAGGCGGUGGCGGCGCGCUACGAGCGGCAGAUGCGGGAACAACGCCCCGCGCCCAAGGACGACCUGUCGGACAUGUUGCACGACCACGUGGCCAGGCAGAAAAACAAAAGAAAGCGACAGCAGAACACGGAUUCAAAACAAGCCAAGAAAUACAAGGAGUUCAAGUUUUAAGAGUGCAUUUACUACUUGUAUUAUAAUUUUAAUUUAACUAUAUUGCACCUGCAUUAGAAACACAGACAAUAGAAACACAGAAAAUAUGAAAAUUAGGAACCAGCUAGACUUGUUCCUUUGAGAGGAAAUAAGUAGAUGUAAGUGCAGGAGAUGGACAUGUAAUAAAUUUAAUUAUUAAGUAA